GUUUGGCCGAGGUUCCGUUCGACGAGUACGACGACUACGACGAUUUCGGCCAAUACCCGCAGAUCAGGACGAAGCCAAACAAGCCCGUGGAGGAGCCGAAACCGCAGGGCAAGACAAAGGUGGAGACUAGUACUCCAGAUCGGAAGGCCACGAUCGAAACAACACCCGAGUCGGACGGGAUCGACAGUGGGAUCCAGACGGAGAAGAUGCUGAUGAAGUCGAUCCUCUCCGCUUCAUGGCUCUCUCCACCAAAGCCAGAAGCCGUGGCGAAGAAAGAGAACAACCAGGCAAUCCAUGCUGCGAAGCCUUUCAUGCUGGAGGAACCCGGCUGGUCCCCGCAGAGACGAGGACGUGGCCGUGGCAAAGGAGCCGGUAAGAACCGUCAACGUCCUCCAAGAGAUAUUCAGAUCUACGUCGAUGAGGAUUUGCACGGCCCAGAGGCCCCCAAAUUGGACGUCACCCCGGCAAAGAGCAGCAAGCGCUCUGCAAAAGGCUCUUCGAAAGGCAAGUCGCCUGUCACGACACCAAAGUCGUCAGAGCCCGCGCGAAACACGCCUGGAGCCCCGAUCAAGGAGUCCCGCAAACGUCGGGCCAGCACCCAGAAGACGGAACAGGAGCUUCAUUCAAAAUCCUCGUGGGCCUUCAGCAUGGCUGGAUCCUGGCUCUUGGCGCCGCUUCUGCUCGCAGAGGCCCUUGCGAGUCCGGAUGUGACUUGCUUGUCUUCCAUCAAGGUUAUCGACGACUUCCUUUCCGAUGCUGAAGCACAGGCCGUGAUCGCAGAUCUGGAAGCACAGAGGAGUGGCUCGGAGCGCGUUCGCCAGGAGGCGCCCGUGCUGGCACAGCGCCUCAAGUCCGAGCUGAGGUCGAAAGAGCAGGAGGCACAGCUCUCCAGCGCUGUGGAAGUGCUGGAGCCCGUGGGGAUCAAGCUCAUCCACGAGGUCGCGGGCCAUGCAGCUCUAGAGCGACGCCUUCGGGAAACCAUGACUGGCAAGGAGGCAGCGCAGCUGGAGGCCUCCAAGUCUUCCGUGCCAGUCUCCCGCAAGAGCGGCGAUGUGCAAGAGCAUGCGGAUCACGUGACCCACUGGGUGAACGGCAAGGUUCCGGGAACAGCUGCAGUCGCCUACCUCGAGUCUGCCCCU